AUGGCCAUGAGCCACAUACUCUUCCUUGCUCUUCUCUCCGCGUUGCCUCUCACAUCCUCCGCCGCCAGCGGGGACACGCUGACGCAGUCCACGACCGUUGCCGGCGAGAAGAUGCUGGUGUCGCCGGGCAACGCCUUCCAGCUGGGCCUCUUCGCCGCCAGCAACCACUCCAAGUGGUUUCUUGGCAUAUGGUUCACCGUCUCGCCGGACACCGUCGUCUGGGUCGCCAACCGCGACCGCCCGCUGAACAGCUCGUCCGGCGUGCUCGGGCUCAACGACCGCGGAGCCCUGGUCCUCCUCGACGGCACCACCGUCGUCUGGUCGUCCUCCAACUCCUCCGCGGCGGCCGUCGUCGGCGCGGACGUCGUCGCGGAGCUCCGCGACACGGGCAACCUGGUGGUCACGGACGCGGCGGGCGUCGCGCUGUGGCAGAGCUUCGAGCACCCGACCAACACGUUCCUCCCGGAGAUGCGGGUCGGCAAGAACUUGAGGACCGGCGCCGACUGGUCCCUCUGGUCCUGGCGCAGCGCCGACGACCCGUCGCCCGGCGACUUCCGCUACGUCAUGGACACGGAUGGCUCGCCGGAGCUGCACGUCUGGAGCCACGGCCGAAAGACGUACCGGACGGGCCCGUGGAACGGCGUGCGGUUCAGCGGCAUCCCAGAGAUGACCACCUUCGAGGACAUGUUCGAGUUCCAGUUCACGGACACCGCCGACGAGGUCUCCUACAUGUUCCGCGACCGCGACGGGUCGCCCAUGUCGCGGGUGCUCCUGAACGAGUCCGGCGUGAUGCAGCGCAUGGUCUGGGACGCCGCCUCCGGGUCGUGGAGCAACUUCUGGUCGGGGCCGAGGGACCAGUGCGACAGCUACGGCAGGUGCGGCGCGUUCGGCGUCUGCAACGUGGUCGACGCCACGCCCUGCAGCUGCGUCAGGGGGUUCGCGCCGAGGUCGGCGGCGGAGUGGUACAUGCGGAACACGUCCAGCGGGUGCGCCCGGAGGACGCCGCUCCAGUGCGGUGGCGGCGCCGGCGGCGGGGACGGGUUCUACCUCCUGCGCGGCGUGAAGCUGCCGGACACGCACAACUGCACCGUGGACGCCGGCGCCACCCUCGAGGAGUGCGCGCGCAGGUGCCUGGCUAACUGCUCCUGCACGGCCUACUCGGCGGCGGACAUCCGCGGAGGCGGGAGCGGGUGCAUCCAGUGGUUCGGCGACCUCAUGGACACGCGGUUCGUCGACGGCGGGCAGGACCUCUAUGUCAGGCUUGCAUCGUCUGAACUAGACGCUACCAAGAACACCCGGAAGAAGUUUGUGGCUGUCAUCACGCUGGUGAUCGUCGGCUUCGCGUUGCUGCUUCUAUCUCUUGCCUUUGUCAUUUGGAGAAAAAUGCAGCGCAGCAGUAAGAAAGUUACCAUGGGUGAUGAGGCAAUCGAGCUUAUGAUGAGCAGCAGUGAAUGCCCCACGUACCCUCUGGGGAUCCUUCGAACAGCCACCAACGGGUUCUGUGCAGACAAUGUGAUUGGGCGAGGCGGAUUCGGCCUAGUGUACAAGGACGUGUACAGCUUCGGCGUCCUGCUGCUGGAGAUCGUCAGCGGCAGGAAGAACCACCGGGGUUUCAAUCUCAUAGCAUAUGCAUGGGGGCUCUGGGAAGCAGGGCGGAGCCACGAGCUCAUCGACCCAGCAAUUCGGAGCGACUGCACGGGAGCAGAGCUGGCGCAGGCGGCGACGUGCAUCCAGGUGGCGCUGCUGUGCGUGCAGGAGUGCCCGACCCAGCGGCCGCCCAUGUCGGACGUCAUCCCCAUGCUGUCGCGGCAGAUGAGCGCGGACGCGAGCGCCGCGAUGGAGAAGAUCCGCUCCGCGGGGCUACUCAGGACGCAGGGGCUCAUCGCUGGGAAGUGGGUGGACGCCUACGACGGGAAGACCGUCAAGUGGAGGAGCCGCUCAAGACUACAUUCCAGGUGUCGAUCUGCUCCACUCGCUGUUCGUCUAUUCCUGAUGGAUCUCUGCCGUUUUGUGACUGAUUUCGUUCUGGUUGCUUUCUGA